CAGCAAUUUCAACAACACUUUCACGACUUUGCAAUUGGGAGCAGCUCACAGCAACAAGGCUCCUUCACACUGUUUGACUGCUAGAAGGGCGUUAUUGUCCCCUCUUCUGGGCACAACGAAAAUGGCACACUUACUACCAGGCCUCCGUCGCGGGCUCUUACUGUCGACUCCCCUCAUUCUGGGCACGCCUCUAUUCUUGCGGCAUGUCAGCACCCCAAUUCUCUGUGACUCUCCAGAGGCAUUCCGCGGCAUCAGCCCUAGUUCGAGCGGCACUGGACCAUAUACUGAAAAGGCAACAAUCAAGCAGUCUGGUACAAUCAACCUGAAAGUAAUACGACAAAUCAGCAUAGGUAGCAUAUUGGGGGUCUUGGGAGGCUUGGGAGUCAGUCUAUUCAGCAAGUCGCUGGCUUUACUGAUUGGGCUUGUUGUUAUCUUCGUCCAGUUGCUUGAGUCGCGUGGCAUUCACAUCGUACCCUACUCGUAUCUUCAGCGGCGCCUGAAGCAGACCAAUGUUCGCGGCGCGAUCCAAAACAACCCUGCGCUGAAGCUCUCUUUCGGGAUCACAUUUGCUCUUGCGGCCUUUGGGGAAUUUGCGGAAUCCUGAUCUAGUCACUUUCCGGUAUCACCAUAUUAAGCAGCGGCCGGCACUCGCCCCCUAGGAUAUUCCAUGGGCGAAUCGAUGUCCCGGGUGUAUUGUGCGUGGAUUGAACUGCAUUUGCAAGACUUUGCAGUGAUCCCAGAAAGCCUUUACUGUUUCUUUGAACGCUGUGGCUGCCUUGGCAUUUCU